CUGGUACUGUCAACAUUUCUAUUAUUCCUUAAGACACAACUUUAUUAAUACAUUUUAAUAAAACGUAUAUUGGGGCAAAGUUAUUUGAUUUUUUUAAAAAUAUCUCAUAUUUAAACAAUUUCACAAGUAAAAUGAUUUCCUCAUUUCGAAAUGGAUUAGUUUCUAAAAAUAUAUUAAAAUUCCAUAAAGGACAACAUCUUCUAAAUAAUACGAGAAUUUGUGGCCGAGAUGUUUACACCACAACAAAAUGUGAUAAUUUAGUAGCAGCCGAUGUUUUACCAAUACCGAACAACAUUGAUGUUGCUGAAACAACGCGUUUUUCCCCACAUCGUAGUCGUGAGAUUUCUUCCACUGUCAUCUUAUCGCAAAAUUAUCAGGGAAUAUCAUCUCCAAAAAUAGAUAUAACAACGGAUAACUCAUUUAGUAAUGGUGUUUUAGAUAAACAAGAUCCUCAUGUACAAUCAUACGAUUGCUUUGGGGCCAUCAGCCUCAAUUCAGCAAUGCAAAGUAAUGUACCCAGUCCAUUCGGUGGCAUGCACAAAUUUACUCAUUUAAACAUGCCAGGUGGUCAAUGGUCUCAGGAUUGUAAGUUUAUGUCGCAAAAUUUACAAAGUUCCCAUUAUACCACAUUAAGAAGAAAUGCUCGUUCUAAUUGGUCGACUUAUGACAAGGAUGCAACAACUCAAAAAGAUUCAACAUUUGCAUGGAAUUUACAAUCUAAGCGCAGAUAUUGCAAUAAGGUUAAUAAGCCAGAAGAAAUGCCUCAAGCUCAAAGCAAAAAAGAUCAAUUAAAAAAAGCUUUCAAAGAUUAUGGUUCUACAAUAAUAAUAUUCCAUGUUGCAAUAUCACUUGUAUCAUUAGGCGGGUUCUAUCUUUUAGUUUCUAGCGGAAUAGAUUUGAUUGCAAUACUCGAACACUUGGAAUUCGCACCUACAGCUUUAAAAAAUAGCGUUGCCCUAGGAGCAAGUAACUUUGUAAUAGCUUAUGCCGUACAUAAAGUAUUUGCACCAGUUCGAAUAAGUAUAACUUUAGGAGCUACACCAUUUAUUGUACGAUAUUUGCGAUCCAAAGGUCUAUUAAAAUCUAAAACAAAAUAAAUAAAUUUUAUUAAGGUA